UUUAAUAUGCUGGAAAGGAAGUAAGUUCGGUGAAUCUAGAAACACGGUGGUGUACAGAAAAGUGAAGUACAAAAUGGGCACAGCGAUUUCGUAGUCAGGGUAGACACGUAACUGGAUUUAUUUUUGUGUGUGUGUUUUUCUUCUGCAAACAUGAUGGAUCUAAACUCCAUUACAAGACAAAUAUUUCUUUGAAUGAUCUGUCUAAAACGCACAGAGCAUGCUAAGGAGAAGCACGUCUGUUGUAUGUAGGGUAUAAAGAUUACAUGAUUUUGGACCUGUGACUUGUAUCCUGUGAAUAUUAAAAUCUGACAUCAUAUAUUUUACUGUGUUGUGGUACAGCAAGAUUACCUAUUUUAACCUACAUGUUCAAGAUAGCGAGCCCAUAUCCGCUGACGGUUCAGGCACGUCCAUCCUGGGCACGAGUUCUGAUUUCCGCCAGAUCUCCUGUCAAGGCGUCUGUACUGGGAGACGAAAUCGUUGUCACAGAUAUGCUGUUUAUUUGGAAGGAACGUGCGUAGCAGGAUAAUCUGGGGAUUUUAUCUACUGCAUCGCCAUUUUCAACUGAUGGAUUUAGUUUAUAUCCAACAUAAAAGUGUAAUCAAGAAAUGAACAGUCGUAAGUGGACUGAACAACAAAUCAUCACCGUUCGUGAAUUACUUCACAAAUAUGCACGUCAGCUGGAAGCAGUGUCGGGAAGAGACGUGGGCGUACACGGCUCUUGCUGGCAUCGUCAGCUUCCACAUGGGGAUCGUCGUCGGCGUCUUCGCCUUCAAAGGCCUUGUGGGCGACGACAGUUUCUCCGAUGCUGUCCAAGUCAUUGGGACCAUCAUCUCCGUCGCUGGCGUGGCUCUGGUGAUAGCCUCCGGGGUGCUGUACAGACGACAACGACGCCAUCUGCGGCCGUGUAUUUGUUGCGGCGAGGACAUUGAGGCCGCAGUCGUUCCGUUUCCGCCUAGUAGGCGGCUGCGCUUUGCUCCGAAUUUAGUCUCUCCGUACUACCUCGAAGCCGUGAAGGCGGACCUUGGAAGCAAAAAUAUCACGGGGAACAGUGACCACAUUCACCUGUUCGAGACAUGCAGUAAUGAUUCUCGGAGAACCGCGGACAGUAAAGAUUCUUCGAAACCCGCGUCUGAAAGAGAUGAUCGGAGUCCAUCUUACAAGAAAGAGCACCGAAAAACACCAUGUUAAUUAUUCAUUUGAAAGAAGCAAAUGGUUAUAAACAGGACGAGCUGUGAUAUUAUUAUUAUUAUUAUUAUUGGAACACCGAAAAUGGCCAUGUUUAUUUAUUAAAGGACUAUGUUAAGAAGAUAGUUGUGAUAUCGUACACUAUUAUCAUCAUCAUUAUCAUCAUCAUUUUCAUCAUCGCCAACAUCAUCAUCAUCGUCAUUAUUAUUAUUAUUAUUAUUAUUAUUAUUAUUAUUACGUCAUGUUAGUUUGAAAGACACUAAGAAUCAGCAGGGAUAUCGUGAUUCAUCGUCUGCUGAAUUACAACCUACUCAUUUGUUUCUGAAUCUUCAGUUACCCCUAUAUGACAAUGACAACCCUCUUUGGAAUAUGGGACCAUGCGUUGAUGUUAAAACAAUUGUGUAAAAUAGAUACUGAUCUUUAUCAUUAGCUAGUUAUUAUUAUUAUCUUUAUUAAAUACAUUGCAAAAAUA